UCACUGUAACGAAACAUUGGAUUUCUGCCUCACGCCAACAGGUCACUAAGAAGAUCCACAAUGGGCUGAAAACGACAGUUGCUAUGUAUUGUAUACGUGUUUUGUUUUGCAAUUGUAGCUUGUUCGUUUUUUAAUCAGUUUUAGUGUGUUGUUGCAUUUGUUUUUAAACUAUUUUGUUUCGUACCGCUGCUUGAACGACUGCGACUGCGCACGCAGUGUUGGUUGCCUAGGUAACAGACUCUGUAAAUUGAGCUGCUGCUGUGUUGCUGAGAGAAUUCCUCCCUCUGCUGCUGCUACAAGGUAAACUUAAUAACGUACAAAGAUGAGAGGGAACGACCGGGGUCAUGACAACAAACGAACGUCGAAAUAAGUAAGCCACUAGGAUCACGCCUUUGAUAUCAUUAGCCUUAUCCGAUUUGCGUGUUUAUUUUUGGAGUGGAAAAGACAACACAGCUGAUGCACAGUUAACUCCGUUAAACUGACAUCUGGGCAGUUCUGGACAAUGAUGCUUGACGUUUACAACAGCUUAAACGGCAAUAAUUAACAAUGAAAAAGCUAUUCAGCUUUGGGAAGAAAAAGAAAGGAUUUUCUCCCAAUACUUCUGAUACUGGGAGUGUAGUAUCAGCUGGAUAUGAGCUUAAGGAAAAGGAUCUAGGAAAGCUACACAAAGCUGCUUCUACAGGGGAUCUGUCCAAGCUCAAACAGCUUGGAAAGAAGCAUGACCUUAGCCAGCUGGACAAAGAAAACAGAACGCCUUUACAUCUUGCCUGUGCUAAUGGGCAUGUUGAAGUUGUACAUUUUCUGACAGAAAGCAAGGCCAAACUAAACCUCUGUGAUAAUGACAACCGUUCCCCGUUAAUGAAGGCAGUACAGUGCCAACAGGAACGCUGUGCUAUUACUCUUCUGGAACAUGAUGCUGAUCCAAAUCUUGUGGACAUCAAUGGAAAUACUGCCCUACAUCACGCAGCCCUCAUCCCUGCCAUCUCUAUAGCUGUUCAGUUGCUGGAGCAUGAUGCACGUGUAAAUGCUACAAACAAGGAAGGCUGUACCCCCCUGAUUUUGGCUGCUACAGAAAAUCAUCAGGAGAUGGUUGAGUUUUUAUUGAAAGAAGGAGCUGAUGUAGAUGCAAAAGACAAAUCAAAACGGACAUCACUGAUGAUUUCUGCUAGUAAUGGCCAGAUUAGUUUGGUUCGGUUGCUCUUGCGGUACAACGCGGAUAUUUCCAUAAAGGAUGAUAAAGGUUGGACAGCUGAUGACUAUGCAGUGAUGAAUGGACACCAUGCUUGUUCACAUCUAAUAAUUGAGCAUGGAACAAAGAAAAGACCACCCCAAUCCCCUCAUUUCUAUGGUACUAGUAAAGUGAAGGGUGCGUCUGUGUUCGGCAGUCCAGUCCGUGGCACUAUGUCAGGUUUUGCUGUGGGUGGACCAGCUACAGAUAAAGAAGAAUUGCAACAGUCUUCAAAUCAACAGUCAGGAGCAGGUGAUUCAGGGAAAGUUGGAGACAAUAUUUCACAAGAAGAAUCCAUUAGUAGGGUAUCGGAGAAGGAUGGGGCAGGAGACUCCUGGCCUUCAUCAGAUGAAGGUGAAGAAUUGGAUUUUAGCCCAAAGAAACUACAAAAGCCAAGCUUGACAAAACUAAUGAAUGACUCCCAGAAGAGCAAUAAUAAUGUUAAUGAGAAUGGUAAUGCCAGACCCCAACCUGUAGAGCAAUCAGAACCUAUUAUAUCAGGGAGUGAAGGAGACUCAGAGAAAGAGAGUGAGAAUGAAGAUGAGAAAGACCAUUCCCCUCCCAAGGCCUUUCCUACCUCCCUUCACCCAGCAAACCCUUCACCUGCUUCCUUUUUCAAACUUCCUCGGAUGACUUCCACCCCUCUCCGAAACUCCAAACAGGAGGAGUGUUCAGAAGAGGAGGAAGACGAUGAACAGGAAGAGCAGGAAUAUAAAGAUCUUCAUAUUUCUAGAAACAUUCUAAAAGAAUCUGGCACAGUCGGCAGUGCUGUUCCACAGAAUGAUUUAGAUGAAAAUGGAAGCCAUGCAAAAAAUCUAAAAAGAGAUUUUUUGUCUGAAUUGGGACUGGAAGCAGCUGAGGAGGAUGAAGACUCUCCCUGGGACUCCGAGUCUACUUCUGGUAGUCCAAGGAAAGAACAGAGUGGUGCCUUAAACGCUGCAGUUAAGGCACAAACAGUGAUGCACAGUAUUUCCGAAGAGAAGAAUGAAGACAUAUUUUACAUUCCUUCUUUCUUAAGAGGAUCAAGAGACUAUAGGAUGGCUGAGCUAGAGGACUCAAGGAGUGUAGGCAGGCCAGUGAGCCUAUUGGAUUUAGGAGGAAAUGAUACAGAAAAGCAGAAAGAUGUAUUGAAGACACCUUUAAAAAUCAAAGAGACUGUUUUUUCCAAUCUAGAUUUAUCCAAGGAGACAAGGGAAAAGCAGAAAACAGACUUCAUGGAGGAACUUGGUUUGGAUGAUGCAGAUGAUAUUGAAGAACAUGAGAAAUUGUCUAAAGAUGCUUCAGAUUGGGACUCUACUAGCGUUGCAAGUAGAAGUCUGCCUGGCUGUAAAAUCCCGUUGCCAGUUCAUGAUGAAAUAAGUGCAAAACUGUCAGAGCCAGAGUUAUCCACACCACAAAGGAAGACAAAUGUAAUACAGUGUGCCAAAGCAGAUCAGAAAACCAGUGCUGAAAAGAGUCUGUCUCCCACAAACUCUCCUCCACUGCCAAAAGCAAGAUCCUUGCAUUCUCUGACACCACCACAACCACAACCACGUUCUAAGUUAUUAGCUGUAAAAGCAGAUAGCGGAGAAGAUUCAGAUUGGGAUUCAGAAGAUGACGAUGUUACAUCUGGUCCAGAAAAGUCUGGGAGACUUACGGAACUUCCAGUACAGAACUUUUCUACCAAACCUACUGAUGAAGUGUCCUCAGAAGAAGAAGACCAUGAAAACAGUGCUCACCUAAAAAAAAAAGUUAAACAGGUUGAAGGAGAAAAGAAAAAGAAACUCCUGGGAAUGCAAAGACCAAAUGAAAUUAAAGGUUUAGAGGGACCAAGAAAUGUAAACAGACAAACUGGUGAUGAAACAGAGAAGAUUAUAGAGCAUGAAGGAAUGCAAGGUUCUGAAAAACUGGACACUUGUAAUCAAAAGGACCAAAAGCAGCUCAACAACUCAAGGAGUAAUAUUAAACAUAGAGGAAAUGUAACACAAGCGAAAAGAGCUGACCUUUUCUCGGAUGAGGAAGAUGUAGAUAAUAAACGGAUUUCAAAACCGAACACAGCUGGCAGGCAGCCACAGCAAGCUACCUUUGUUAAUGGAGAUCAGCUUUCUGUAUUUGAUGAUAGUACUUUAAGUGAGAUGUCAGAAGAUGGAGGAAGGCCAACAAUACCCCACAAUUGGAAUGGCAAGAGCAAUAAACAAGUGGAAAUUGCAGAUGACUUUGAUGACUUCACCCAGUCCUCUGACAUUGCUACAGACAGCAUGGAAUCACCUACCUUAGGAUACAGAAAUGCAUCUUUGUUGAUUAAACAGCUUGAAACUGGUACAAUAGAUUCUGUAACUUUGGUCAAAAUUCAGAACAUGUUCCAUGAAUAUGAGCGCACCAUUGAGAGGGAGAAACAGCGCUAUAGUCUGCUGUCAGAUAACAUCGUCCAGCAAGUAAAAGAGAGGAAAGAACUACAAAAGGCACUGGAGGACAUCCAGGAAGAGAAAUCCACCCUGGAACACCAGCAGGUGGAAUGGGAGACUGAUCUUAACACCCAGAAGUUUAUUCUGAAACAGGAGCAGGAGAAGCAUAAGAAUGCUGAAAUGCUGUAUGAGAAGAGCAGAGAGCAACUGCGAAAGAAAGAGGAGCAGUUCUGCAAGGAGGUGGAGGCAAAACAGCAGCUGGAGCUCACCUUGAGGAACCUGGAGAUGGAGACGAGAGCCUUGAUUAGUAACAUGAAGCAGCUUGAAGAUGAGCGGAACGAAGUGCAACGCUUGUUGUCUCAGGAACGCAGUGCCAGGGCUUUGCAGGAAGGAAUACUAAACAACCACCUUCAUAGACAAAAGGAAAUUGAAGAGGAAAACAAAAAGACUGUCACAAAAAGCUCAGAGGUAUUUUCCCAGCUCUCUGAAGUGAGUGACAGAGAAAAGGAUCUGCUUCAGCAGAACCACAGUCUUCAAGAUGAGAUAUCCGUGUUGAAACUGGAGCUGGAUCGGGUUCGAGCCCGUAGCCAGGAAGAGGAGGGGCGGUACCUUGAGGAGAAUGAGGCUCUGAAAGAAAAAAUUGAAGAUUUGAAACGAGAUCUAAAACUAAAUGAAGAAGCCCUGGCACAGACUGUCUUGCAGUACAGUGGCCAGCUGAAUGCUCUGAAGACAGAAAGCACCAUGACGACCUCCAAACUGGAGCAGGAGAAGCAAAAUAAAGACAAGCUAGAGACAGAUGUGGAGUCUUUGCGUACACGACUGGCCUCGGCGCUCCAGGAGCUUGAGCGCAGUCAGUCUGGCAAAGUGGAGGCUGAGCGAACCUUCCAGCGAGAGCGAGAUGAGUGGCUCCGCCUGCAAGAAAAGCGCACUCAUGAGACCACAAGCCUGCGGGAUUCCCUUAACAGCUUGUCACAACAGCUCAGCAAAGCGGAAGCGAAGGUUAACUCUCUGGAGAAUGACUGUCACCGUGCCACCUUGUCCCACACAGAGAAAUCGCUCCUGUUAGAAAGCAUGCAGCGCGAGCGAGAGCAAGCCCAGUCCCGCAUGAAGGAGCUGGAGGGCUUACUACAGGCUGAGAAGGAACAGGCGAGCAAGUCCUCAGUUCGACAGGAAUCCAUGCAAGAAAGGAUGGCCCAGGCGCAGAGUGAAAACAUACUACUGCGUCAGCAACUAGAAGAGGUGCAGAACAAGGGAAUCAUCAAGGAGAGGACAGUGAGCGAUGUACAGGAACGCUUCAGUGACAUCUUAACAAAUCUGCGGGCAGACAGCGAAGGGAGGGUGCAGAUUGUGGAAGAGAGGAACAAGGAACUUAUGGCCAAAAACGUUGAACUCAGGGAGCAGGUCUACGGGCACCAGAAUGAAAAAGCAGAGAAAGAGGCUGCUUUAAGGCAACUACAGCAGGAACUUGCUGAUGCUCUAAAGAAAUUGUCCAUGUCUGAGGCAUCACUGGAGGUCAACACUCGCUAUCGCAAUGAUCUUGAGGCAGAAAAAGUUUGCUUUCAGAAAGAUAUCGACAGGCUGAAAGGAAAGCUGCAGGAAAUGGAAGACCAGUUCAUUCAGUCAGAGCGUCGGAUUCACGAAUUAAAGAAUGCACUGCAUGACAAAGAGCGAGAGGUUGUUGCCUCCUCACAGAAGCUGCAGGAGAUUCUGUCUGCAUCCUCUGGAACGGAGAAGACAGUCAAGCAGCUGGAUGAACAUAUUCAAAGACUUGAGAUUGAAAAUGCCAGAUUGGAGGCUACUGCCAAACAGCAGACAAAUAGAAUAGAGGUUCUGCAAAAAGAAGUGCAGGAGUCUGCUUCGGUGCGGAAUCGUUUAGAGGAUUUGGUUACAAAUUUACAAGGAACCAAGAUCAAUUUAGAAGAGCAGCUUAAUCAAGAGGUUCUAAAACAAAGUAUGCUGUCGCAUAAUGCACAAGACUCGCAUCUCCUCUGGGAAGAAGAACUGAAGUCAAGAUCCAAACUAGGGCUUAGACUGGCUCAGCUAGAAAGAGAAAAAGUUGUAAUGACAAGCCAGAUGGAAACAGAAAAGAAAAAGGGUAAAAAGAUAGCAGAGCUAAAGCGAUCUACAGAGGCAAGGCUUGACCAGGAGAUGAAGAGAAACAGUGAACUUCAAAAGGAAAUGAACAGGAUGAGAACACUUGUUAAAACCGCCAAGAAAAAGCUGAAGCAGCAGGAGACUGGGGAGUUUGCAUCCCAGCUCAGCAGCAUUCAGGGGGAUCUGGAUAACAGACACCUGGAGACAGGGACCACUGUUGCUAGAUUAAAGUCCAAGAUUGAUGAACUCUCCCAGCAAUUAGAAAAAGAGUCCUUGCAAUCGUCAAGGCUAGAAUCCACCAACAGUGAUUUGAGGGAACAACUGUCUUCAAUGAAAGCACUGCGCAAAAGCCAUGAGAAGCUGGAGAGGAGCAAGAGGAAACUUGAAGAGGAAGUGUCAAGUGUUCGUCGCCAUAUAGAAACAAAUAUGAUGGACCACAGCCAGAUAGAGCAAUGCAGACGAGAGGCCGAGGAAAGAGCUAGACAGGAGAUAAGGCAAAAACUUGAAGAAGUCAAUUUGUUUUUGCAGACCCAGGCAGCCUCUCAAGAAGCCUUAGAACAAAUAAAAGCCACCAAUGAAGCAACUUUAAGAAACCAGCUGGAACAAAGAAUACGAGACCUUGAGGGAGAGCUGAGCAGAGCAUGGAGUACACAGCAGAACAGCAUGAGCCAGCGGGACUCGACACAGACCGAGCUGGAGAGAUACAAGGAGCUUUAUUCACAAGAACUAAAAUUACGCAAGUCCUUGGCAGCCAAACUGGACAGAUCGAAUGAGAGGCUGGCUGAAGCCAACACUAAGCUGCUGAAUGAGCAUCAGCGCAACAAGUCGUUCAUAGCUAGCAGCAUUGGGAGCCUGACUGCAAGUCCUGUCCUUGAUGUGAAUCAGCUUCAGGGCAGCAUCGGAAACUUUGGUGGCACUCUGGGCCCUCUUCAUAGAAAUCUAGGGCUUGGAGGAAGUUUCCUUAACCCAGUGGGAGAAGGCUCGUCUCCAAACAGCAGAGUGGAUGCUUACAUUGCAAAGAUGCAAAAUGAAUUGGAGAAAAACAUAACAAAAGAACUAGACCAUGCCACAGCCGAGCUGGACGGUGGAUCUACGAGAAUGCCUCCUGUUGGAUCAGCUGCCAGCUCUCUAAAAGGCCUAACCCUUGACCAGGAUCCUGUCGCCAGAGCGACUCAGCAAUACUUAGAAGUCUUAAAGAAAAACUACAUGAUUUAAACAGAAGAUUACACAU